AAUGGUUGUAAGCUAGAAGAUAAAUUCAACAAUGAAACAACAAUCUGGGGAUGCUGGAAGACUGUGCUGAAUAAGUUAAUUGGCUAUUAUUACUCAAAUCCGACUCAGCUAAUUCUUUGCACGACACGUAAUGACAAUGUUUGAAUGACGCACAAUUCUUAGACAAUAAUAAUAAAGGCCUACAGAAUUUGGAUGAGGCAUACUCUAUUAAUUUCAAACUAAAUUGGGAGCUUUACUGACCUUGCGGUCAAAUUAGCAUCGAUGUGAAAUAACUGAACAUUAACGCCUUCCGUUGACGAAGAAUCCAGUUUGCCUGAUAAAAAAAAGUAUCCGUGAAUGACAAUGCCUUUUUUUUGUUUGAGUUGGACUAAACGGCCUAUUCGAGUUUGAAAAGCUGGUGCAAUCGUAUGGUUGGGUAUAUAAAGCAGCUGGUCACUGAACAUGAAUUCACUUCAGCGUACAGCAGCAGUGGGAUAGCACAACUACUUGUUCACCCCAGGCCGAAGGAGGACAGUGUGAGUAGACUUAUCUGAUGAUAUUGCAGAAGGUCCCCAAUUAAGUCACAGACGAUGCUUGUGUCACAAAAACACCUCCAGUCCAUGGCUGUUAUGGUCAUCAUUAUAUUUUCGUUUGCCUGGUGUCAGGAGAAUGAGAGGCGGGCCGUGACAGAACACCAGCUGAUGCACGACCGCGGUCGGGCCAUGCAGAGCCUGAAGAGACUCAUGUGGCUGUCCAACACCAUGGAAGGACUGCACACAGCCCAGGCCAGGACCCCCGAGCUGGAUUCUGACCCCCCCACGGACUGCAGGGCCCAGGCCACACAGGAGGUCCUGUCCCAGCUGGAGAGGGGGGCCAAAAGCAGCACCCUGGGAAGCCUGCUGCAAGUGCUGUGGUGCUCUGUCCGCAAACCCCACCUCACCGGCCUCCCCGCGAGCGAGAAAUAGCCCCGGGGGAGAAACGUCGCCGCCUCCUCGUCGAUCAGAACUGUACAGCAGAGCAUGUGCUGUAUUGGUUCUCACUCCCCUGAAAUUAAAAUGCUUUGUCUCUCAUCCCGUCCUUCUUGUAAUGGGGAUUUCGAAUAACUUAUUAAGUAUAACUUAAUUGUUGGGUUUAACAUACCCCUGAAGUAAGUGGUGGUUUGUGAACUUGGAUGGAGUUGGAUGAGACCUUACCUAUAAAUUGAUCAUCAGUCUCAAUCUGCUUCAGUAAUUUUUUUUUUUUUUUGGCUUGAUGAACAUGUGUGCCAGGUGUCUGCAUAGUUAAUGCAUAAUUACAUUUCUCUUCGAACAAAUUUCGAUGUCUCACGUUGUGCUGUCUUCUUUCUUCAUGUCAGGUGAGAGAACUGAAAUUAUAUUGAGUUCAAUUUAGUCAAAUCAAUUUGAUGAAAGUUAAGAGUAGCCUAUACUUCGAAUAAGAUAUGUAACUGUGUACUGCACCACCUUUCUGUGCAAUGUGCAGUAAAGGCUAGUGAAUAUAUUGAGAUAUGUAAUAUAUGGCUUAAUGUUAUAGCCUUUUGACAUUUUUGAGUACUUAUUACAGUUACUUUUGAGUACUUAUUAAAUCACGCUGUUUAUAUAAUUGUUUUAGAACCCCACAGCAGGCAUAAUAAUUAUUAAUGGCAUCUGUUCAGCAAUCUAAAAAUCUUUAUUUAUUGUUUUAGUUUAUUGUCACUGAAGAGUAUAAUUCUUAUGAAAUGAUUAUGAAGUACAUUUCUCUGCAGCAUUUCAUUUUGUGAGGUUAUUUUGAGGUGGGUUAUAGUCUUUUCUUGCCACUCUGCUUUCUCAUUGGCUGCUGAAAGUCUUACCUGGGAUGCAAAUAAAGUCUGGAUGCAUAUGUGGGUUGUUGUGGAAUCUGAAACCAAAUAAAAAUCCUCUUUUCAUUUUAUUAUUGUAAAA